GUUCUCGGGAAUGAAGUGUGCUCAAGGUGCUUUUGUGUUGUUAAUUUCGCUUGAGUGUGCUUACUCGGAUGGCGCAAUUUUCGAAAGACGCGGUAUGGUAUCGUUCGCCCGCCGUACAGUUCAGUCGCGUUGGUGGCUGCAUGCGAUUUGACGUAUUCCAAUCUGCGCGUAGUGAUGUCACUUGUGCUCUUAUUUAAUGAAAUCUCAGGCGUUCUUCGCGUAAUGUGCGAGUGAAUUGUAAACAUUGACAGUGAUAUUGUAACCCAUGCAGUGAUUUUUUUCAAAAGUGUAAUGGACUGUUACUAUUCGAAAUUUUUCCCCAGGCGUAAGUGACAAAUGGGAUCGUAUCGGCGGUGAUUGGGUACAAUCAUGAUGCAUCCUGCUGGGUACUACGCUAAUCUUGCGAGCGGCGCGCUCGCAGCCGGCACCAUUGCGUCUCCGUGGAGCACGGCGGCCGGCGCGCCCGACACCAACGGAUCGGGCGGCGCCGAUGCCAAGCACCUCGACGUUGGCGACGCGAGCGAUGAUGAAAAGGACUUGUCAGCAGCUGAUGCGGAGGGUGUAUGGAGUCCCGACAUCGAACAAAGUUUUCAAGAAGCACUCGCCAUUUACCCCCCAUGUGGAAGACGCAAGAUUAUUCUCUCGGAUGAGGGCAAGAUGUACGGACGAAAUGAGCUGAUAGCGAGAUAUAUAAAAUUAAGAACAGGAAAAACACGCACAAGAAAGCAGGUGUCAUCACAUAUACAGGUGCUAGCUAGGCGGAAACUUCGUGAAAUACAGGCUAAACUUAAAGUGGAUGGUGGUAUGAUGAAAGAAAAGGCCAUGCAGUCAAUGAGCUCCCUGUCUAGCGCACAGAUCGUGGCGGGCCUGCCACAUCCAGCGUACCAUCAUACGCAAUUUUGGCAACCAGGAUUACAAGCUGGAACUUCGCAAGACGUGAAGCCGUUCCCGGGUGCUGGCUACAAGGGCGUGCCCGGCGUCGGCAGUGUCGGCGUGCCGGGCGGCACCGACGUGGCGCCGCCGCCGCCUUGGGAAGGCCGCGCCAUCGCCACGCACAAGCUGCGGCUCGUGGAGUUCUCGGCCUUCGUGGAACACCCGAGGGACCCGGAUACGUAUCCGCCGAGUACAACGCUAUCACAACAUCUAUUCGUUCACAUAGGUGGUUCAGUUACAUACGCCGAUCCACUAUUAGAGUCGGUAGAUGUGCAACAAAUAAAUGACAAGUUCCCUGAGAAGAAAGGCGGCUUGAAAGAACUCUACGAGAAGGGACCUCGAAACGCUUUCUUCUUGGUCAAGUUCUGGGCGGAUCUAAACACAAAUAAUUUAGACGAUCCCGGAGCAUUUUAUGGUGUUACUAGUGUGUAUGAAAGCAACGAAAACAUGACCAUCACGUGUAGCACAAAAGUGUGUUCAUUCGGGAAGCAAGUAGUCGAAAAAGUGGAGACGGAAUACGCGCGGUUCGAGGGGGGGAGGUUCGUGUACCGCAUCCACCGCUCGCCGAUGUGCGAGUACAUGGUCAACUUCAUACACAAGCUCAAGCACCUACCUGAGAAAUACAUGAUGAAUAGCGUGUUAGAGAACUUCACUAUUCUUCAGGUGGUGUCAAAUAGAGAUACUCAAGAGACAUUGUUAUGUGCCGCGUUUGUGUUUGAAGUGUCGAACAGUGAACACGGAGCACAGCACCACAUCUACAGGCUCGUGAAAGACUGAACCACGCACCCAUCCCUCCUUCCCUCCGCCUGUCCGUAGCUAUCAUUCCUUCGGUACACCAACUUCUAAAUAUGGACCUCACAAAUCUUCACCCAUACAAAGGUCUAAGUGCUUACUUAUCUCCAACAAAAUCCGUUUGUUACAUAAAUCAUAGUCUGCUACGAAACUGUAGUUAUUAACUAGAGUGAAAAAAUAGAAAAACUAUGUGGCCCGAGCUGGACUUGAAUACGAAGCCCAUUUACUGAAAAUUGACCUUUGCGAAUUUUCCAAUCACUCUUUUUACUAAAUUCGUUUAUCAGAAACGUCUGCUAUUAAACUACUUUUUAAUAAAAGCGAAUAAAAUUAAGCUGUUGGUGAAAUACCUCCACAAGAAAAGCUCAGAGGUAUAAUAAUAAAAAUAAAGGUACAGAAGGAUAUUUGCAGAGUUAAUUAUUAUUAACUAUUACAAAAUUGGUCCUUUAUUUCUUGAGGUGUAUACUGUGUACACGUCAUAGUGCUGAAUGCACGGUUUUCAAAGGGUUUUAUGGCCCAACUAGGACUUGAACCCGCAACAUUGGCUUUACUGGAACUAAUUACCCUUUACCAAUACUCGACUUAUCUCUGAAAUUCACUAGCGUGGCGAUAGCAGUGAGAUAGAGCUCAAUUACUUAAGAACAUUAUUGGCUCUGAUGAAGACAGAGUUGUGGGUUCGAUCUGACUCUCGGACCACAUAGUUGUUAUUAUUUUCCACUUUUAUAAAACUUUAUAUAAUUUGACAGACUUAGAAGAAAAUAUAUCCGUAAUUUGAUAGUGUUGCAAUCGUAACAUAGUAAAUUGUGAUCUGAAAAUAACGCUACAAUAUUUUUGUAACUAAAUGUUUAUUGUAUAGCUCAAUUUAAAUAAUUAUAUUUUAAUGUUUCGGUACUCUCUUUGUUCAUUUAGGUAGUCGCAACAUCACGUUUGGCGUCUUAUUAAGAUGAUUUUUUCAAGUUUUAAUUGUAAAUAGUGUUAGAGUGGCUAUUUCCACAGAUUUGCCACAACUUUAUAUUACAAUUGCAACAUUACAGCUCAUACUAUUUACAAUAAAAACUCGAAUUAACUCGUCAAUCGCUAUAAUAAACACAGACAUUUUUCCUACAAAUCAAAAUAAUUUCAACAAAUUAUUUAAUUUCCCUUGGGUCUCAAAAACCACAUGUCAAGAGUAAUAUAAAUAUUUUACAUAAUUCUUAAAAUUUAAAACAAUAUCGUUCAGUAGACGCGUGUAAAAUAAUAUCAAAUAAGAAGAUAGAAUUGAAUACACACAGUGCCUCUAUAAUUAUGUUACAUUAACAUAAAUUACUUGAGCAUAUUUAGUCUUUUCACUGUGUUUAAUAACGUAUGCAAAAAUUUAUGGAAAAUAUAUUAGAACAGUGGAAAGAUUAAAACUUAGUGUAGGAUACCAUGAAUCAUUCAUAGGUUUCAUAUGUAAGAAUUAUUAAAAAGUGUCUAGUAAAUUAAAGACAAAAAGUUUUAACCAGUUGUUAAGCACUGUUGUGGUACAAUGUUGUGUUGAUUAAAAUAACCGAUAGGUUAAAUCAACCUAAAUGUGGCGAAUGAUGUUCUAUUUAUCUUUUUUUUCACUAACCUGAUGAAUAUUCUUCUGUUAUUUAGUUUCUUAAGCAAAUGCCUUUUCAAACGAGAGAAAUCAAAUGCUCUUAAAAUGCAAUAGCUUAGGCUUAGACUUUUACCCCUUACCAGUUUUUUUCCGAGCAUAGGUUUUUCAUACAAUAUGACCGUCUGUUUUCUAUAAUUUCUACACUUUUCAUUUCCUUUUUUCCAGUAAGUAAACUCAUAUUUGUGCAUUGUUUUUGUUUUAUGCUUGCCACAUUUAAUCUUUAUCGGAGCGAUAAAUUACACACAGUCAAUAUAUUCGUGAUUUAUAUUGAAAGACGCGUCGUCAACUUUUAUUAUAUAUUUUUUGAAAUAUCUGAGAUCUAUACUUAUAUUAUGUAUAACUUUAUCUUUCCAUGCAUGAUCACUUUGGAUACUUUGAUAUCGGAGCACGAAUCCCCUGGCAGCUAGGUUGAAAGCAAUACUAUAUCAUAUUAGCACCCACUUCCAGUGAGAUUAUGUCCAAACAAUUAUUUUCUAAUUUACCGCAGCAACCUAGGCAUCUCGCUUUCAACUCUCAAAGUACAAAUAAGUGUUGACACGUUACUCGAAACAACCUGCCGAUUAUACAAUAAGUAUUUACGUGGCAAUGAUUUGAUCUCUCUUUUAGUCAAAUAUUUUAAGGGUCCUCCCAGCAGCGCAACGGCGUGCGCACAUUUAAGUUUAAACUGCGUUAAGGUUUAUGUGCAUUAAAUAGUUUUAGUUUCAAGACAUGAGGUAGGCAAAUAUUAUCUUAGAUAAUAACAAUAAGAGAUUUUUGUAUUUAUUUGAUAUAGUUAUAUUAGAUAAUUGUAAAGUGAAUAGUUUUAAGUUUUUUUUUUAUAUGGCGAUGGUCGUUUCCGAUUGUAAAACUAACGUCAUAUUCGGUACUUAAAAAAAAUAACUUAAUUUUGGUUGCAAUUUCGACUUGAUUUCAUUAAUGUAGGGGUCAAGAAUAUUAAUAUUAAAUAUUGGCGUGUGAAAAAACAGAUCUAAUUUGUUGUGAUAUUGUACAUUUAUAUGGUUCAUUUUACUCAAAUGAGAUUAAAUGCUGUGUAAACAAAAUUGUCAUUGGUAGUUUACAUUUUUUUAUUUUCUUUAUAGAUGGCAAUAAUGUGUAAAUUCAUUAUGUAAAUAGGAUACCUUUAGUGCAUUUCUUUCCGCUAGUGUUCUAAGCGAUCUUCGCUUUUAAAAGUCUUUCAUAUCGACAAUCUGCCAUAUCAAACUAAAAAUAUAAAAAUUUAGUCGGCAGCGUUGCAGACAAUCAUUUGCUUUUCGUUAUUAAGAUUAUGCAAUAGUAUUUUUCUUGAGAAAUAAUAUUUUCUUUUGAUAUGUUUAGUAGUAGGUAAAUGAUUUUCUACAAGACCAGCCGACUUUGUGUACAGUAUUUUAAAGAUAAUAUUACGUUAAAGAUUUGUAUGAAAAUUUAAUUAUAUUGUCUUCAUAAAAA